AUGGCGUCGAGAUGCUUCGGCCUCUUCUUGCUUUUCCAGCUCCUCGCUCUGAAUGCAGUGAGCCACGUUUCUGCCUUCCCCACUCCGACUGCUCCAUCGGAUGAUAAAACUCUGUACAACAGGCAGCUGACAGAAGAAAAACCACUACAGGAGCAGAUGGUUGAGGCGGACAGCGUGAAGGCUGCAGUCCAGUCGGCUGAGAGCCGGCGUCCCACUGCAGCCAAGGACACCGAGUCUCAGCAGGAUAGCGAUGACUUGACCGUGCUCAAGUCCCUGGCUGACAGCCAGAAAUCUCAGGACUCCGCCAUGGCACCGGUCAAAAAGGACGAUCAGUACAUUCCCGAUGAAUCAGAUUCCACCAAGAGCCGGCGGCUGGCUGAGGACUACGACUCCACCAAGACCGGAAUGGACGAUGACGACCCAGAGAGCUUCCGCCAGGUGGACGGCACCAUGCUGACAGCCGAGGACAUCGUCCAGAAGAUCGCAAACAAGAUCUACGAGGAGGACGACCGAGGGGUGUUUGAUAGGAUCGUCUCCAAACUCCUCAAACUGGGGCUGAUCACAGACGGUCAGGCAGACACGCUGGAGUACCAGGUGGCCGAGGCGCUCCAGGACCUCAUCACCAAGAACGCCAAGAAAAACGAGAUUGACGACGUGGAGAGCAACGACCAAGAAAUCGGGGCAGAGCAGGACGACCAGGGUUCAGACGUAAACCUGGACACGUGGGAGCCGCCCAGGCGCCGCUACAACGAUGACGAGGAGGACGAGGCGGAGGAUGAAGAUGAGAUUGAGGACGAGGUGGACAGGGACGUGGAGGAGGACGGAGCGGACGCAGCGGACGGCGUCCUGGACAAAGACGCUGCAGAAGGCAACGAGGUGAGCCCUGAAGACGGGCUCCAGGACCUGCAGUACUUCCCCAACUUCUACCGUCUGCUCAGGAGCCUCAACUCAGAGAAAGACACUCAGGAGAGGGAGACACUGAUCACCAUCAUGAAGACGCUGAUCGACUUUGUGAAGAUGAUGGUGAAGUACGGCACCAUCACGCCGGAGGAGGGCGUGUCCUAUCUGGAGAACCUGGACGCCAUGAUCGCCAUGCAGACCAAGAACAAGCUGGGCAAGUCCCUCCUGCCUGACUUCAUCGGGCCCAACGGUAAAAUCUUGGAUGAGGAUGACAACACCAAGGCCGAGGCCUUCAAGAUGCAGAAGGAAUACGAGAACCUGAAAGACUCAACCAAGGAGGAGCAGCCAUCAUCUGAGACCAAUACACCCGGCAAGUCGGAGGCUUAUCUGGAGGCCAUCAGGAAGAACAUCGAGUGGCUGAAGAAGCACAACAAAGAGGAGGGCAAAGAUGAUUACGAUCUGUCCAAGCUGAAGGACUUCAUGGACCAGCAGGUCGACUCCUACAUCGACAAGGGCAUCAUCGCCAAGGACGAAGGAGACACGAUCAAGAGGAUCUACGGCAGCUUGUAAACAUCCAUCCUCCAACCCUCCUCUGGCCUAAAACACAGAAUUUGACACAGAGAUCUCCAACGAAACCCUGAGGACUCAAACCCACCUGCUGAGUUGUUUCCCCUCUCAGACAUUCCCAAUAUGUAUGACGG